AUGUCAGAAUGCUCUCCAAUCUCAAGAACUGAUAUCAAAGAUGUAAAUAUAGCAGAUUGGUCAGUUUCAGGCCAAUUAAAAAUACCAUCUCCGUAUUCACAAAGAGAAUAUCCAAAUUGUAAUAAUUGGCUACAAUCCCCAGAAGUUCCACCAGUUCCACCAGUUCCAGUAAAUACUAAUGAUUUAAUUGAUCCUUAUAAUUAUCGAAAAAGAUCAACUUUAAACGAAGAUUCUUUUGGUGUUCGAUCUUCGUAUCCAGAAUCCGAUGAUAUAAGUACUUCAUUGUAUACCGAGCCAUCAAAACAAAAAACUUCAAGCCAUUUAAAUGACGUAUUUUAUUUAGAUGAUGAUUUUCAAAUUACAGAUCUAAAAAGUACUUCAUUGUAUACCGAGCCAUUUACAGAUCCAAAAAUUAUUUCGUCACGACCUCUGCAUCCAAAAUCUGAUGAUAUAAAACCAGGACUUACUUCAUUGUAUACUAGUACUUUUGAUGGUCCAUAUUUUAAUGAUUCUAAUUAUCAAUUUACAGAUCCAAUAGGUACUUCAUUUUAUACUGAGCCACCAAUAGAUCCAAAAAAUUCUUUUGAUGAUUUACGAUCUCCAAAAUCUGAUGAUAUAAAACCAAGAC